CCAGAAAUAGCGGGGCGAGCCCGGGGUUCCCCAGUCGGCGGCAGCGGCGCCCGUGACCCUGACCCUGCCCGUGCUCCAGGCGGCGGCGGCGGCGGCUCCUCCUGCUUCCUCCUCCCGGACUGUGUAAGGUUCAAGAGCUGAAAAAAUGGCAUUGGCAGCAAUUGAUCCACAGCAGAAUAUUGUAUUGAGAGUUGUCAACCUUCCUUUGGUGAGCUCCACCUAUGAUAUGGUCUCUACAGCUUACAUCACCACUAAGGAUAACCAUCCUUAUUUGAAGUCAGUAUGUGAGGUAGCAGAGAAAGGAGUGAAGACAAUUACAUCGGUAGCUGUGACAAGUGCUAUGCCUAUCAUCCAGAAGCUGGAACCGCAAAUUGUAGUUGCCAACAACUAUGCAUGUAUAGGUCUAGACAAAAUUGAAGAGAGGCUACCUAUACUGAAUCAACCCACUGAUAAGGUUGUUGCCAAUGCCAAGGAUGUAGUUGUUGGAGCCAGAGAAGCUGUAACAACCACUGUGACUGGUGCCAAGGAAACUGUUGCUCACACGAUCACUGGAGUUGUGGGCAAGACUAAAGAAGCAAUGCAAGACAGCUUAGAAAUGACUAAGUCAGUUGUCAGUGGGAGCAUUAACGCUGUCCUGAGAAGUCGUGUGGUGCAAAUGGUGAGCAGUGGAGUGGACAGUGCUCUCACUAAAUCAGAGACCCUUGUAGACCAGUAUUUCCCACUUACAGAAGCAGAACUAGAGAAAGAAGCUGCAAACGUUGAAGGUUUUGAAGUUGGAGUUCAAAAGCCAAGCUACUAUGUUAGAUUAGGAUCCCUGUCUUCAAAACUCCGCACACGUGCCUACCAACAAGCCUUAAACAAAGUUAAAGAUGCUAAACAGAAAAGCCAGGAGACAAUCUCUCAGCUUCACCACACUGUUAGUCUGAUCGAGUAUGCCAGAAAGAACGUGAAUAGUGCCAAUAAGAAACUUCUUGGUGCUCAGGAAAAGCUUUAUCAAUCCUGGGUAGAAUGGAAGAAAAAUACAGGCCAAAAUGACGGUGGUGAACUGCGUAGUGCUGAGUACAUUGAGUCAAGAACUCUAGCUAUUGCACAAAGCCUCACUCAGCAACUUCAGACCACUUGCCUCACACUGGUCUCAAGCCUACAGGGGCUGCCGCAGAAUGUGCAGGAUCAGGUUUACAGUGUCGGGUCAAUGGCAGGUGAUGUCUACCAGAGCUUUCGGUCUGCAUCCUCCUUCCAAGAAUUAUCAGACAGCUUUCUUACAGCUAGUAAAGGACAGCUGAAGAAAAUGAAGGAGUCUCUGGAUGAUGUGAUGGAUUAUCUUGUUAACAACACGCCUCUCAACUUGCUGGUAGGUCCCUUUUACCCACAAUUGCCUGGCAUUCAGCAUGCUGAGAGCAAAGGUGAAGGGGAGAAAAAUUCCAGCCAGAAAGACAAACAGCCUGAACACACUACUGAAUAAACUGCAUAGCUUGCAUGUACUCUGCUGACUGACAAAACGAGUGGCCUUACCAAGUGUAGCUGUCAAAAAAGCCUUGGUGAAAAAUCCAUAAAUAUAGGAGGAGGGGAAUCUACAGAGACAGGACACACUUACAUAUAAGCUGUGUGUUGUCCUGUGUAGUUAAGCCACUCUAAAAACUCAAACUGUCUCAAGUGCCUAAGUAUUGUCAGCUUACAGUUGUCAAGAUGCCUUGUUUGUCUGUCGAGAAACCUCACUAUGCUUAUCUGUGGUAUUAAUACCAUUAGUAUAAAUGAAACCUACCCUAGCUAAAAGCUUUUGUUUUGUUCCUUGAUCUCUACCAGAAGGCUAUAAAAGCCUUAAUACUAUGAAAUGCAUUUAAAAGCCCUGCAGUAUAGGUACACUUUCAGUCUAUGUUUGCUGCAGAUCACACUUUUGAUAAUUAUGGAUCUGUCUCAGACUCUGUUCCUACACAAUUCAUGACAAAAGUUCUGUGAGCGCAGGAUGCCAAAGCUGAAAGUGGGGUUUCUGAACUGGUCAGCUGGAGUUAAAUGCUGUGACAGUGUUAACAUUAAUAUAAACUUAACUAUUGUUUAACACAGUAACUUGAUCACAGAAUCAUAGAAUAUGUCAAGCUGGAAGGGACCCAUAAGCAUCAUCAAGUCCAACUUCCUGCUCCUCGCAGGAUUACCUAAAACUAAACCAUAUGAUUAAGAGUGUCGUCCAGAUGCUCCUUGAAUGUUUCCUUGGGGACCCUGCUCCAGUGAUGGACCAAAUAAUUAUCAAUACAUUUUUUUUCAUAUGCAGUAUAAAGGUAUUCAUUCAUGCUGUUUGUAACCAGAUGCCUGCUGUUGUCCGUGUGUGUUUUUUAUAGGCAUCCUUUUGUAAUUCAUGUUGUAUGUUAGUAAUAAAUGCUUUAGUAGCCAAUGUCUGUCUCCAUUUCAGUGGUGUUUUAAAACAGAGUAACUUGCUCUUCUGUGACUCCUUCAAACCUGGUCUAGCAGAAAGCAAGCUUGACAUGCAAAUGAGAUAGAUGUGCAUUGAAAAUGUGUUUGUGUAUCUAUAGAUAGAUAAGAUACUGCUGCAGCAUUUCCUUCCUCCCUUAGAGUCUGUGUGCAUCCCUCCACUGAAUCUUAGCUUUACUGCUGCUUUUUUUGGUCCUUGCUGUUGUCCACCUUUAAUGAUGACCUAAGCUGUGAGCUCCUGGAUGUUUUAAUAUUGAAAAAAGAAGGAUAUGCACAAAAGAACCCUCUCCUCCCUUCACAGUAGGUGUUUGGUGUGCAUGAAACUGCUGGCUGUCUGUUGGCUCCCUAUAAACAGUGUAUACUUCUCAGCUGCAACACCAGUUUAAACUUGUUUAACUUUAUCUAACCUCCUUUGAACUUGAGUGACAAAUGUACACGCAGCUACUUGGGUACAGUUUUUCCUCAGUAAAUACUGUGAAUCCUCCACUGGAAAAGAAUUACUGUCACUAUGAAAUAAGCUUUCUUGGUUUGGGGCUGUCCAGGUAAGUUGUAUCUGUGUUCCUAAUGCAUGCCCUGUACAACUUUUGAGUUGCAAUCAUUGAGUUGCAAUGCUGGCCACCAUUUUCAAAGAGGUCACCAAACAGUGUGAAGCAAAUGGAGUUCAAAGGAAGCUUAUCACAUAGUGGCACAUUGCUUCAUGGAACAAUACCUCUGUCUGGCACAAUGUGGGCACUAAAGCAAAUUACCUGUUAUCUAGCCAUCUACUGUGAGAGGGAUUGCUUAACUGUUAAGUCAGGUUUGGCCUAGAAGUGUGAGGAAGACUUUUUAAGCACAAUAUUAAACAAAUUGUAACAACAUAAUUAAAGAAGUGUUAUCUAUAAUCCUCCCUGCUUUAAAUAUUUACUUUAUGUAGGGAGUUGUUUAGCAUAAAAUUAACAUGAAAGGAUGAGAUACUCUUUUCCAAUUAGUACCUGAGUUAAGACUUCUGGAGUGCUUUCAGCAAUUAACUUCUUUUAAAGUUUACUUUAACUAUUGCAUGAGCCAGCCAGAGACUAUCCUUCUUUAUCUCCAUUUAUAAUAAAAUUUUAGAGUGCAUCCACUGUUGUAGAUGUGUUCAGCAACAGAAUGGAACUAAUUAGGUCUGGGUGCAGCUGGCUGUUUAAAGAAGGGAAUUCCCAUUCUUCUAUACAUUUUAAAAUCUAAUUGCUCUGGGACUUCAUCUUGAGCUGAUCAAUCAAAUAAAAUACCAAAACUUUUCACUGUUUUUUUUUAAGGAUUGAGAAAUAAACAGCAUCAUCUGCUAUUAGUGAAUAAGCAGUACAUCUCUGUUCUGCCUUAAGUUGUGCUACUGGUUCGUACCCUUACAUGGCUGUCCAGCUUUACUAAGCCUCUGCAAGCAGAUGAAAUAGAAAGCAAGGGAAACUGAUACCAGCCUAGACCUUCAAAGUACUUCUCCCUCACCAUGUGCUAUUGGGUUGCUUCUGUGUAAAGUUCAUUGACUUCUGACAGCUGACCUACAACUGGUGGCUGCAAACAGCAGUGCCUGGUUAAAUGCUGGGCUUAUAAAGCCUGUUAGUCUAAAAUGCUAUAUGUAGGUUCCUGUGCUGUGCUAUUGUGAUAGUUUUGUAGUUUUGUUGGAUGCUGCCCAGCCACUGAGUGCUUUAAGUUUUAUCCGCCCCCCAUCCCCCAAAUAGAAUUAGGAACCCUUCCCUAGUGGAAGAAAGGACUGACUAACAACAAAUAAGUAUAUUCCUGAUUCAUUAUAUAGAAUAAAGUUCUCUGGAUUGAGAUUAUUAUACUCUGCUAAUACAGACAGCACUGAAUGUUUAAACUGAAUUGCAGCUGGAGCUUGCGUGGGUAUUUUCUUGUAGAUAAUUUAGCACAGCAUAUCCCCACGCUCUAGUCUUACUGCAGCUGUACAGACAGAACUUAUUUUUCUCUAGUGCAGCAAGAGAGAGCAACUAUUAAAAUGCCCAUUGGAGGCAAAAAUGAUGCAGACACCUUCCAAAGUCAUCUUUCUCUUUUUGCCACUGUUGUUUUUGACUGAAGCUGAGGUGCUUCCUUUCAAAUAAAGGAGGGAAACCAGAGCAGAGUUUGCUCAUGAAUUUUCCUGUCAUCCUACCUGUUUCUCUGUAAUUGCAUGUAUCAAACAAUUCAGGUCCACUGCACAGAAACUUGCUUGCUCUUAGUCCAAAAUCACUUUUGAGGAUAUAGCUUGGGCUAGAAAGCUGUGAAGUUUCUCUAAGCUGUGAAUUUACCUUCUAAAAAAGGUAAGACCAUGUGCGUUGAAAAUGAUAGGAAAUAAGUUCAACUCUUUGCAGCAAGGCAGAUAAACUAGAUGAAAUGGAAGCAUGUCAAAGGCUGAUAGCCAUACAAAACCUGGGAAGAUAAAGGUUAAAAUAGUAACAUAAUUACCUAGGCUACUUAGUGUUUAUUUAGAAUUCGGAUACUGUUUCUCUUUAAGAGAUCACUCACAAAUUGUUCAUGCUAGUUGACACUUCCUCCUUUCAGGUGCAGUCGACAGAGAACUAUUAUUCCAUCAUUGCAAAUAGUCCUUUUCUACAAAAGCUCUAAAUGUAAGCAUUUGUAAAUAGCACCAUAUGGUACGCAAGUUUGGCAAACAUCAUAUUUAUAGCAUUGGUCAAAGCCAAAUUACAAGAUUUGUAUAAGAACUGGAGUUGAAGCUGGUUUGCCUCAAACUAAAGAAAGGUGGAAAACUUUUGAAAUGUCAUCUAUUCUUCAAGAUUAAUUUUUUUGCAUUAGUAUUUUCCAGAAUUCAAGUUAGAAUAAUAUUUUAUAGGUAGUAAGAUAGGUGAAAGGGUUUGGGAACAACUGAUGAAUUAUUUUUUGCUAUUUUAAAAAAAAAGCAUAACUACCAAGGAAAAACUUAUUUAAACCAUCUAAUUAAAAAGAGGAAACAGAACUAAACAUUUUUAAGCAUGAUCUGUUAGUAAUUUGCAUGAUCAGAAAGUUUUACAUGCCACAGCUUGCUGGAGGUAUUGCAUAGUGUUUUGUUAAAUUUAUUUGUGUUCAUAUUCAGGUGGCAAUUUCACUUCUUUUGGAUAAUACAGUCUCCGAUGACUAAAAAUAGGCGCUUUGUUUUGAAAAUGCCCAAAAUGAGAGCGAUCUGUGGCUCAGUUCUGAAAACAUAUUUAGCAAGAAAAAAUUGAUCAAAGUUGUUAGUAUUGAUGUUACUGUUUGUGUAUGAAGACAGCAAAACACUGAAGUAUGUUCUGUACUAUUCCAUAUAAGGUUUUUGCAAGCUGUUCACUUUUCUGUGUAAAUGAUUUAACUGCAUCUUAUGGAGAAAUAGCACGAAGAAGGGUUGUAUCUUAUGCUUCUUGCAAGAAUUGAUAGGAAGUUGAAACAAAGCAGUAAGUCAACUGUGAAAAGUGGUAUGGAAGUGAAGGUCCUUUACCUAAGCAAUCCCGUAAUGCCAAGAGCUUUGCAUUGAUUUAGUUAGACUGGUGCAGAUGUUAGAAUGUGCAAUUCUAAUACAAUUUAGCAUGUUCAAAACUGAGAUAAAUCAUACUGACAUCCACUCUGUUUGAUGCUGACAUACACUUCAAUAUGAAAUUCUUUCAUGGCUAUGAAAAUCUUACUCUUACAUUAAAGGAGUCAGGUGCUUUUACUGCUUGCAUUAAGAAGAUGAGGAAAGCACAAACUUAAAUUUCAGUGAUUAUUCUGUUAUCAGUGAGAACAACAUGGAUAUGAGUAAAAGCCUCUUAAAUGUAGGAUAUAGUAAAAAUUUUUACUGGUCAGACACAGUUACUGAACAUGGUUAUGUGUCCUGCUCAGUGUAAAUAAAGAAUAAACCAACUCAUUUAAACAAUUCCUUUGGGCACGUUUUUAAAUGGUUUUGUGUAUGGACUACUUAGCCUUAGUCUUGUUAAGAUACCCUGAUUUAUACUACAGUAUGGAAUACAGGGUCAUGUACCGAUAGUGAGAAAACUUGUUGAUUUCUCUAAGUUCAGUAAUUAGAGUUUUAGGCAAAUUGCCGUAAGCAGAAAGAUGCAAGAUAAUUGUUUCUGGUAGAAAGAUGUGUUUCCCUCAUUCUUAGUGCCUUUUGAUUUUGAUUUUUUUGAGACAAAAAUUACAGAUCUCAUUUUGAUCAAGCUUAGGUUGUCAACAGUAGUGCCUGAAAAGUCACACACUGCUUAAGUUCUUCUAAAACUCAGUUUCAAUUAAUAAUUAAUAUUUCUAAGUCCCUGGUGCCCUAUGACUACCAACUCUGUAAGAAACUGAGUGAUUCACAUGCAGCAAUCCUGUGCUGUGUACAGCCUGGUAGCUGAAACAGUAAUCCCCUUAUAAUUUGAUAUCUUCUCUGCCCUUCUGACAUGUCUUCAAAGCAGGCACAGCAUAGCUUUUUUCUUGCCUACUGUCUUUCAUAAAAGUAAGUCAUAAGGUGUUUUGCAGUUAGGGAAUGGAUUAAAACUGUUUCUACAGUCAGCACUGAGAUUAAGUUACAGAAAUGCAUAGAAACCUCUGCAAAUUGUUGCUGCUUUGAACAUGCAGAACCGAAGUCCUUUCAGCAUGCAACAGUUGUUAUUUGCUGAUACUGUAUCUGACUCCAAGUAUGUCUCAUCACCAACAUUAAAACUAACUACUAAUCAAACUACAGAUGUAAGCAUUUUUCACUUGGUGUAAAAAAUUUACAGUUAUGAGUAAAUUGCUUAAUUAUAUCCCAUUUUUCAGAAGUGCCUAAGUAAUCUAAGUCCUACUAAAGGGACUUAAGGGUUGGGACUUAAGCUCCUAAGUGUCUUAGCCAACAUUUUUAGAAGUCUGUAACAUCCAUGUAUCCACUAAUGUUUCUAGCAAUUCCUGAAACCUGGCGCUGCUUAACAGUACAGAAUACUACACAUGUAGUUAAAACAGAGACAAAAGUGAAAUUGCAGUUCCAGGUAUUUGUUUCCUCAGGAAAGGUUUAAUUCAGUAGGCAGGCAGGGCAGUACAGAGCAAUCCGUAUCAAUCUCCUCAGGGCAGAUUACUUAAUAUAGUCCAUUGCCUUUAUGGAAAGAAGAAAGGCAAAGUAAUUUUUAAAACCUCCUUUCUUAAUUUUCCAGUCACCACUUUUACCAGUUUCACCAAAUUCAGUCCACUGAGCUCAUCUCUGUUACAUCUCUAAUGUGAGGGUCAAAACCACACAGGUACCCCCAAAAUACUAGGCAGUGGAAGGAUUUAGGAGAAUUUAUUUUCGGAGUCAAGAACACUUAACAUAUCAGCACAAAACUGCACCAGGCCUAGGAAAAGAAGAUAUGCCUGCUGUUCUUGGGGCUUUUAUCAUCCCAGGCCCUCCUGACCUUCAAACAUGUCCGUAAGAACUUAUCUUUUCUCAUGCCAGGGAGAGCUUCUCUGGCAUGCAGGAAGAGAAAAUAUCUAAAACUGUCUCUGGCCAAAGAGGAAAGCUUUCUUAAGUGAAAAUCCCUAAUCUCUUCACAGUAAAAUCUUCCGGAAGGGCCUUCUACACUUAUAUCUACUAUAAAAUCCUGUCUUCUAAGCAACUGAUCUGUAUCUUGCAUAGUAUUUGGUCCGUGUUAAUGCUAUGUGUUUCAUAUGUGACUGAGCAUAUUUCACUCUGUAUUCAGUAUAUUGGGUCUGAUUUCUAGAGAUGCUAUGUAUCUUUGUGUCAUGACUUCAGAGAGGAGCACUGCACGAAUUUGUUUAGUUAAAUUGAUUGAAAUUUCAUUCUGACACAGGUUCCAGAUUUCACUAUUACAGACCUGUCUUCAGAGUCAGAUGAUAUCCCAGACAUUUUGGAUUUGGAUGAAGAGGAUCAACAAGACUUUUCACGCACAAAUGGCCCUUACACUACAGGGCAAAGAGCUGAAUAGAGAAGGAUAAAAAUCUUAUUUUGAUACAAUGUACCUUUGCCAUGUUUAAUUUAGAUUUCUCCUUUUUGAAGGUGAACCUGCCUAGUUUAGGGAUUAUGGGGAUAUUUUUUUAAAAAUCACUGCCGUUUCAUUUAGCUGCAUCAAAAAUCUGGGUUUUUUUUCUACAUAAGGAAUGCACACUACAUUAAUUCAUUAGCAUAGGUGUCAAGCUCCCAUUCUAUAAGCCAGGUAUAGCCUAACCAGUGUAUCCAACUGAUCUGAUCUUUGUUAAUGAUGUGUUCUCCUGCUGAUAGCGGCCAUGAGAACACCCCAGUGCUUUGCAUAAAGGGCUGCCAACAAAAGGAGUUGAUGAGGAUUUGCCCACAAAAUUUCCCCUUUCAGUCUACCUGAAAAGCAGUUCUGUAUCUACCUCUUUGCUGCUGGAAGGGGUAAGAGACUUUGUCUAUCUCAAAUUUUCUCAAGUUCUUUUUGUUAGGCUCUGCACCUACAGAGCUUAGAAGCUUAGAGCUUUCCUUUGGCAAGAGUGCUUUAUGCACAGAAGGACUCCCUUUCUUUCCACAUACCUUCUGUGUGCAAAUAUUUUGGCCAUUGUGAUGCUAUCAGUUGUGGCGCCUAAGACUAGAAGAGGGUAAAUGCUUAAAAAUUAAAGUUUUCCAGGAAUAAGGGUAGCAGUUAGAAAAGGUAAGAGACUGUAAGAAGUGAGGGAAAAUGGAGGACAAAGAGAUACAGAUGUGGGACAAAAGAAAAUUGAAAAGAAAAAAAGAGGGAAUUGAACGUGAGGAUGCUUCUGGUAACAGUGUGGGGACUUUUUCUGUUUAAAUAAAAUGUCGGUUAUUUUUUGAGGAAUGAUGAGGCCGCGUUUGCUCGCACACAGUAAGUUCUGUAGGAGUAGGGGAGAGUGAGAACGGGGCUGGAAGCGGGCUUGUUAACAUUUGUUUUUAAGGACCAGACCGAGCUGCUCCGCCGGGGCGAUGCAGCCCGUCGGGAGCCGUGUCACGGCGCUGAUCCGUCCAGCGCCGCCCGCACCGCAUCGCCCUACUGCGCGGCACCCCGGGAGACUCUGCUUGUGAGCACUUACAAGUCUGGUCACUGAAAUGCCUUGAAAUAAAAGUUUGAACCGCUCA